AUAUUUAUAUAUAAAUAUAUAAUAUAUAUUACUAAAACUAUUUUAUAAUUUAUAGUGAAAACUUCAAACUUUACGGUUUCAUCGUUAUCAGCUCAUCAAGUAGUAGUCAUUAGUAUUCACUAUUCACUAUUCAGAAACUACACACUAGACGUGUAGAUGAUCAGUAACCGAGUCAGUAGUCAGUAUACACUACACACUACACUGAGUUCGUCCCAGACGGUCACGGAUCGUAAAUUUUGACGGUCGACCAAUGCUUAAAUAAAUGUUGAUGGCCGACUUGCACAAAAAAUUUCCUUUCGAGGCCGACGUGAAUAGAUUUCUACGGAUCAUCAGCCCGCCAUAACGCCAAACACUGUGCACAAAUUACCGUUCUACCCUGCCUAUACACACAAUCUCGCAAAGUGUCUUGUCUUCCCCUUACAAAACUCGUGUUUACCUGCCACGUACCGAUCUGAAAUGAAUUCGUUCGAGAACUCCGCUGGGGCCGAAACGCUGUCUACGAUUUCAUUGGAUUCGCUUCCCAUCGAGGUAUUCCUAAUGAUUUGUGAACGCAUUGAUGCUGACACACUGGUUAAAUCGUUGAUGUACGUCAACAAGCAAUUCUAUGAAAUAAUCAGUGACAACUAUCUGUGGAAGAAAAGAGCCAUGCGUACAUUUAACGAUUGCAAUGUGGCGUUCAUGUUGACAAGCGUUUACAACGAAAACACAUUUAAUUGGAAGCAAUUUACUUGGCACACGGAAUUGGAAGACAGUUGUUGGGCCGAAUAUGAGACAAAAACUACUACCACUGUUUUUAGUGGAGCUCAUUUUUCCGAAGUGGAUGCUGUUAUUAUGGCUAGAGAUGGUAAUCAUUGUAUUUCUGCAUCGAGAGAUCGUUCUAUAUGCUUGUGGAACACCACGAUAGGUACAAAUAAUCCCGUGGUGCACAAAAUAGAUAGCCAUUUAGGAUGGGUAUGGGAUUUAGAAAUUUAUGAUGAUCAUCAUUUUUUAUCAUGUUCUUGGGAUUCAAAAGUCAAACUUUGGAAUACUGACAACUUCACACAAAUUUCACAACCAAUACAAACAUUUAGUACUGAUGCAGCUGUGUUGUCAAUUACUAAUAAAGAAAAUUUUGUUGCUGCCGGACUUUACAGUCCUAAAAUUAUUGCAUUUGAUCCUCGCGAACCUGAAAAACGGCUAUUUGAACUACUAAAUUCUCAUACACGUAGUAUUAUUGACUUAUGCUUAAUAGAAGAUUAUUAUUUGAUAUCGUUGAGUGAAGACAAGACUGUAUCUAUUUGGGAUUUGCGCACAAAUAAUACUGUCAAAUCUAUGUACCUCUCUAAACAGGGCAGUAGAUUUCCAAUGUGUGCUUCCUACUAUGAUAAUAUACUAUUUAUUGGUGAUAAUCGAGAUUGUAUGUACUGGUUGGACUGUUCACAUGGAUUAUUCAAUGUUCUUGAGACUGUAAAACUUGUAAAGCCCAUAAAUGACAGUCGAAAUUACAAGCUUAAUUGCAUUAAAUGUACUAAUUAUGGUAGUAUUAUAACUGGGGGUAACGAAGGAAUUGUUUACAUUUUAACUCCAACAAACCCACCAAAAGUUAUAGCCAAAAUUGUUGAUUCUGGUUCAGAAAUAACUUCUAUUGAUUAUCAAAAUGAUACUUUAGUUGUUGGAUAUGUCAGUAGUGAUGUUCAAGUAUGGAAAAAAAAAUAGUUAUAUUUGUGAUAUCAAAACAUAAUUCACUGCCUUUCUCAAUUAUAAUACAUAAUUAUUAAUAAUAUUUUUUUUUUAAAGUAAUUUGAUAAU